AAAUCCACCUCUGUCGAAGAAGAGGCAAAAAUUCGGCAUAUUCACUUCGGCGAGUGUGAGUAUUUCGCAGUUAGCGAAACGAGAACGGCCGGCGGCUUCAAGACGAAAUUACUGUGAAACUUUGAGAAACCACGCAGUGUCGUUUCUUGCGCUGUGGGACACUGUUUCUCGUAGAGACAGAGCCCUUUCCUCGGUUCAGAUUUUUGUUACUCUUCAGUCAUGACUGACACAAUCCGUCAAGCACCUGCUGUCUUGGAAGCCAACCAGCCAGGUGCCCAACUGGAAGGCCAAGGUUCGUGCGAACCCAUAACCCCCAGCUAUUCACCAAAAUCACGCGCGUACACUCCGACCGACUUCAAUCACACUGGCCACUUAAUGGACGAGAAAACGAUUGGAGCCAUCUUGGAACGAUUGAAUGCGAGCGCGCGAGCCCAAGUGUCGCGCAUGCGUGAUGAAACCGAUCCUGCAGGCAAGCAGACUACCGCCGGUGGCAAGACCUAUGCGCAAGCCGUGGAGAACGGUACUCGCACCUCUCCCGGAUCUUCAGCUUCCGCUGAUUCUACCUCCAUUGUUCCUACAAUCCGGAAGGAGCUCGUAACUCCACAUGAAGCAGCAGCCAAGAGCACCGAUGAUGGUCUCCUUCGUAUCAAAGUUGAGCCAAUGGAUGUCGAUAUUGCCGAAAGCGACCAAGUGCCCCACCAAGCAGCUUCGCGUGAGUUACGUGGCCGUCAGCAUUCCGUCCGUGACGCCCGAGCUUCGCGCGAACGAACCACCAGUCCGUCGAUUGACUCCUCUGCUCCCUGGAGCUCAAGCACGGUCUCGCCCGGCAAGUCCCAAUCGUCUCCUCGACGCGAAUCUUCCUGCGUCUCGGUGCCUUUUGCGGCGAAUCAAAAAACCCAGUCCAAGGAACCUUCAGCCACCUCCCCCAUAUACCCUCCAGGCUUAGAGCCAGCGCACUUAACCCUUCCCAACGGCGACAAGUCGUCAUGGAAACCCGGCCCGAUCCCCAUCGUGGAUGUCGCACUGGAGACUCACAGGGCGGUUAUGAGACGAAUGCGGUAUGAUCGAAAGAGUGAGGAAAGCGAGCUCGCUAUCGUCGACCGACAAAAGGCCGAGAUCGAGAAGGAUAUUGAAAGGUUGAAGGAAGAUAUCAAGGUGUUGCGUGAACAACUUGACAAAAAAGAAGCGGCACUUGCUCGUAAGCAAGGCGGAAUCCAUGAGAUGAAUGGCAUCCGGAAGUACGUCGAGCUUAGGGUUGAAAUUUCGGACAAAGAGUACGAGAGCGCCUUGGCCUAUGAAAAGUUGCUGAUGGAGCGACCUUUCGGACCGGACCGUUUGAAGCCCCUUGAGAAGCCGGAUCAGACACCGGUCUCUGCACCGUCGGCACCCGCAGUCGAUGCCCCUAAGGCCGCCAGCCAUCUUCCGCAGAAAGAGAAGCAAUCGGCUGUGACUCCCGCCUCGAGACGGAUCCCUUUACGCAAGACGAGCGACGCUUCCACAGAGGAGCGCGCCCGCACAUCUCCAGCCUCGGUGGAACCUCCACGAACUGAGCUGGCCGGUGCUGCCGAAAAGCAGCAUGCCGUAGUACCCCACGCCGCGGCGAUCCCUAAUAAGCGCGCGAGGUCGCCCGACAACGACCGCGACGUUCGCGUCGAACGUCGCCCGAGCACCGUGCCUCCGGCAGGGUAUGACCCUCGGGUCGGACCGUUCAGCCACUCUCGACAAGGAUCCGGUCCCAGCAAUAUAUGCUAUGACUACAAUCGCUCGGAGUGCAGAAGUCAAGGCUGUACCUUUCGCCACCUUUGCGUCGCAUGCGGCGGGCACCAUCCUUUCCAUGCGUGCAAUAACAAACGCACCAGCUGCUUUCGCUUCAACAACGAAGAGUGUGGGCAGCAAUGCCAUCGCGAGCAUCGAUGCCUUCGUUGCGCCGCCGGUGACCAUCGCUGGCUCGACUGUGACAUCCCGCCGCCCUCGGAACCCGGCAUCGAGUAUUGCCUGACCUGGAACUCGUCCCGAAACUGCCACAGUGGCCCGACCUGCGAGCGUCGUCAUCAAUGCCUCCGGUGCCUUGGCAAUCACGCAGUGAUCGUCUGCCCAGAAAACGUCGGCAAUUACUUUGAUACCAUUGACGGUCGAUACCUUGCCGGUGGGAUGCAGCCCGUGGGCCCUACGCCGCCCGUUCCCAUGAACAUGAUGGGCGGGGCCAUGCAUAUGAUGCCUGGCCCGCAGAUCAAUGGGAUGCCGAUGAUGCCGUUGUCACAAUGGGACAUGCCUUUGCCGCCGCCUCCCUUCCCUCUGGGCGCCGCUUCGGCUGGCCGCGACGAUUACAAGCCAAAAAGGAUGCGGAUGGGAUAGAUCGCAUCCGACAGCCACGCGGGUCUUCUCUUCAAUAUACCAACCAACAUUCAUCACCACAAGCAUGUAUUCGACGACUUGCAUCUUUCAGCAUGUCGAUCGAUUUAUUUCUGGCGCCAUUUCACCUGCAACAUCACUCGUCAUUUCAACAAAUCAUCUCGUGUGGACAUUUCUGCGGCUAGGGUAUCCAUCGUUCAUCCCCUU